CACUCACCGUUCUACUAUCCAUACUAAACAUAGCUGCCAUGAUCAACGUAUUUAAGGAAAAAUGGCUCAACUCGCCAAAAGAGGUGCACGAGGACUACUCUGGAAGAAACAUCAUUGUCACUGGUGCGACAUCUGGCAUCGGUAAAGAGGCAGUUUUCAAGUUUGCAAGACUGGGAGCGGCUAGGGUGAUCAUUGGAGCACGAGAUUUAGCAAAGGGAGAAUCAACCCGCGCUGGUUUAGAGGCUCGGCUUGGGCGGAAGGGCCAACUCGAGGUCUGGAAACUCGACAUGAUGUCGUACGACAGUGUGGAGGCCUUUGCGAGUCGUGCGAACGACCUCGAGCACCUCGACAUAGCUGUUCUGAAUGCUGGCGUUUGGCGGGUCGAUUACCAUCAGUCGCAAUAUGGCUGGGAAGAGGACAUACAAACCAAUACGCUCUCUACAACACUCUUGGCUAUCCUACUCUUGCCUAAGCUAAAGCAGUCAAAGCAGUGCACGGGUAGGAUUCCAGUUCUUGAGUUCGUCAAUUCCGGUCUCCACCAGAAAGCCGUAGUUCCACCAGAAGUCCGCCAGAAAUCCAGCGUGCUCGACCAUUACAACAAGCGAGAGCAGCACAAAGGGCAAAGCCAGUACAGCUUCUCCAAAGCCUUUCUCAUGUACGCCGCCACGAAGCUUGCCGACGAGAUCUCUUCUGGUGACGUAAUUGUGACAAGCGUCUGUCCGGGCUGGGUCCAAACAGACAUUGGCCGGGAUCAUUUCUUCCCUGGUAUUCAUAUUCUAGCUUUUCUGUUCUAUUUCUUGUUUAUGCGAACACCGCCCGUAGGGGCGAACACGGUGUUGAGCGCGACGGUGCAGGGGGAGAAGGUACACGGAAGAUUUUGGAAGAGCGACAAGAUCCAACCAAUCCCACCAUGUCUGCAAGGCCCUGAGAUGAAUGAGCUCAGAACGAGGGUAUGGAAAGAAAUUGUGGCUGCGCUGCAGAAGGAUGUGCCGAAUGUUACACGGGCUAUAGAUAUGCCCAAUUUGCCCUUUCACCGUAAGCCCUCUGCCCACGGCCGCGACUCUAUCCUCCGCUUCCUUUUCUCCCGGACGCGAGCCCGCACGCGCAUCCAUCUCUCCAAACUCCGCCACGAGACAUUUCCUUCGCUCAAGCACCGUGCCCAGUCACGUAUAUACAGAUACCUGGUCUAUCGCCAGUCUCUCAGACUCCGGGGCAAGCCGAGCAUUGCCCAGCGCCUGCGAGGCUUCACCCGACGCCUGGCUGGCAGUGGUUACCUUGAAGAUGCAGCAAGGGCACGGCGACAGCAGAUAGCGAAGAAUUCAGGCGAAAAGACAUUGAGUAAUCCCGCAAUGUCGUACCAAGAGAGCUAUGAAGCACGGGAGCCGGGGUCGCGGCGACGAAAGCUGGCUGGCUAUCUCAAGGCGGCCAACGAGCUCAGGCAGACAUACACACAGCAAUAUGCCUCGAAUUGGAGCAAUAGAGAGUCACAAUACGACUAUGAGGAUGAUACACCCGGCGGAUUUCCCGAUGCAGCCGUCGUCAGGAGCGGACGUGAGGAGAUGGUUCUGUUCCCCAGUUAUGCCCGAAGACACGUCAAGAGAAAGCCAGAAGCACGAACAGCGGCAACGCAGGAAGCUGGGGGUCAAGGGAGUGAUGGACACGAAUCGAAUAAUGCGGGAGAUGCCGACUUUUGGAAAGAGCAGUGGAACAACUACGAGGAUGACAAUGCGGUGGUAGACGUCGAUGUUCGUGGCUGGAUAUACUCGCCACACAAGGGACCGAUGUCAAGGAAACAGAGGCUCUUCAUUGGCCUUGCACGUCAGCUUGUUGGCGUUCAGGCGCCUGCACAAACAUCUGGCUCAUCUGCAGAGAGUAGUCGAGAUACAAGCCCACAAGGCCAUGACUAUCGCGAAAGAGCCCAUAUGCGCGAUGCCCAACGAGAUGAAGCAAUUGCUGCUAGAGAAGCCGAGGAAAUCCUGCGUAGAGGCGAGAGCGAGGCGAGAGCCGCUGCACGUGGUGCCUACAGUGAGAGGCCUGCUCCGCAAAACGAUGACAUUGAUUUGUACCGGACGGAAAGUGGUAACAGCAUGCGACCUGGCAAUGGCAGAGUCCACCAGUUGACCCACAAGGCGUCGCAAGAUUCAAUGCGGAGUGAGGCUAGCAUCAAGCCUUUGCAAAAACGCGGCUCUUGGAAUCAACCUUCAGAAAUGAGUCCUGCAGAGCUUGCCGAGGCCAACGCCCGGCUCAUGGCUCGACUACGACACUUUCUUGCUAUACCCAUGGCUAACACGCCCAUAAGUGUGUUUUUCUACAAUGAAACCAUCUCCAAGCAACGGACAGUGUAUACAGAUGCUGCAGGACACUUUAGUAUAAGCGCAGCGUUGGAUUUCGUGCCCACUCACGUACGCAUCCUAGCAUCAGACAGACUCUCGGCAACGGAAGAAGUUAUUGUCACCGCUUCACAGGGUAUCAGCGUCAUAAGCGACAUUGACGACACAAUUAAGCACUCUGCUAUUGGUAGUGGCGCCCGUGAAAUCUUCCGCAACGUUUUCAUUCGCGAUCUCCUCGAUCUGACCAUCGACGGCGUCAGAGAGUGGUACAACAAGAUGGCAGAAAUGGGAGUAAAAUUCCAUUACGUCUCUAACUCUCCCUGGCAGCUUUAUCCGGUCAUUUCCAAAUACUUUUCGUUGGCUGGACUGCCACCAGGCUCGUUCCAUUUAAAACAGUAUAGCGGUAUGCUACAAGGAAUCUUUGAGCCCGUUGCCGAGAGGAAGAAGGUUACACUCGAUAAGAUUGCUAGGGACUUUCCAGAGCGCAACUUUAUUUUGAUCGGAGAUAGUGGCGAGGCUGAUCUUGAGGUAUACACCGAUUUCGUCCUCGAGAACCCAGGAAGAGUCGUUGCAGUAUUCAUCCGCGACGUCACCACAACGGAUAACCCGGGAUUCUUUGACCCUUCGAUGGGUCCUUCUUCAGGGAGCCGCUCUGCAUCUCCGCCACAGGCGCAAGCUGCCGGUGGAGACAACUCGGCCGCCUCAAGUAAGGCUCGAUCCUUUUCUGAAGAGCACGAUCCCGAACUCAAGGCUGCAAUUGCAGCGUCACUACGUGACAUGGAUGCGGAGAAUGAUAAGCGUUCCCGCUCACUCUUUCCAGAGCUGGAUCACAAUAGACGACCAAAAUUGCCGGAAAGGAAACCCUCCUCGCAAAGAUCGGCACCAAACUUGAUAGAUCUGUCGUCGGAUGACGAUGUGGAUGAGUCGCCUGCACUGAGAAGAUUCAAUUCGGAAACCAGAGCCGACAACGAGAGAUAUUCCUCCUCAGUCGCCUCGAAUGCAAUGAAGUCGGCGCCCCCGCCUCCUAGAAAGCCUGUCGCAUUGAGAAGUCCUGGGAGCGAAUCCGCGCCAUUUAAACCAACUCCCUCUAGUACAAAGCCACAGCCACCAAAGCCCCGGGUGUCCUCAACAGCCGUCAACACAUCAAGCCCACUCGCACAGCAACAAGAUUCCCCUAGAAAUACAAACACAUCAGGGCCUACCAAACCUCCGGUAGGCCCCAAGCCAACCAUGACGCAUCAGAGCCAGGUACCAGAAGACCAGCAAACCUAUGCUGGUAUGGCUCGCGACAAGCUAUGGUCGGUCUACAAUAACCUACCUGCAUUGAGAUCGACAGAAGCGUCUAGCUCAAAUGCAUCAACUCUAGAAGUCAGCGGUGUUCGAAAGGGUCCACCUCCUCCGCCACCCCGACGCGGAAACCGCGACACAGCCGCAAACGCCGCAUCGUACGUGGGCUCCAAAGCCUCUUCAGCAUGGCAGCACGCACCCUCAAUACCGUACCACGCACGCCCACAAACAACGUCAUCGCAAACCUCCCAACCCUUUUCCACUGCAGCCCCGCGCCAGGCUAUCAAUCGCACUAGCACUGGAAGCACACUUGCGGGACCCGGUGGCGACCAGCAACAAUACGGGACUAAGAAGGAAAUACUCUGGCGCCAGCGAUGGGCUCAUGCUGAGCAUGUUCUGGGUGAGCAAGGCGUGGUGCUGAGAUCCUGGCGUGUCGGGAGCGAUAUCAUGGAUGAGGCUGUGAGUAUUAUCCAAGAUGCAGAGAAGAGUAAGGGUAAACCGACGGAUCCCAAGUUGAGGGAGAAGGUCAAGGAGGAAGUUAAGCAGGAGACGAAUAAGGAUGGUGGGGGGAAGGGAGAGUGGAGUGCGUGGAAGGCGAGCAAAUUAGCAAAAGAGUAUGAAAAGAAAGGAGGUGGAUAUGAGAAUGAAGCUGGAAGCAAGAACGAGCCUAAAAAGGGUGUACCGCAGGAGAAAUCUCCAGCCAAGAAAAACGCUGAAGAGAAAGAAAAGGAUGACAAGAAAGACGAGGGAAACGGAGAAGAGAAAGGGGGGGAGAGCACACAAGAUGAAGAGCACAAAGAUGAUGAGGAUGAUGCGGCUCCAAGCGGGCAUAAACCAAAGGCAAAAGCUAAUACUGGGGCGAAGAAGACUGGAAGCGCAAAGAAGGACGCAAAGGGCGUUGGGGCAAAGAAAGAAGACUCGAAAGUGUUGAAAGGAAAGGGAAAGGAGAGAACAGAGGGAACGAGGAGAUCGGCGAGAGUGGCGGGUAGGAAGAGGAAGACGUACGAUGAUAAUGAUGAUGGUGACAAGAGUGAAAAAGAUGAAGGAAAGAAGAGGGCAAAGCCCAAGGCGAAGAAGAGUAAAUGAUAAGUGUCACACUGGUGGAGAAAUGGUUUUUGUUUGCAAGUUUUUCUUUUCAUUAUGUUCAAGAGCCAUUGGCAUUGGCCAUGUAAUAUCAGCUUGAAUGGUAUCAUUAUGCUAUAUUCUCUCUUUCCCAUGCCUCCACACUUCUAGGAGCCUGCCAGUGAACAGCUAGUUUGUUAAGACGACCCAAGACAAGAAAGGUGUUAGAUUGGGUACUCUCCCUCAUUCCAGUAUUUUCAGGAUGAUUGUAGGCAG